AUGGAAAAAUACUUUAAACGUACAUCUAUGAUUUCCUGUGAUGAACAAAAUAUUGACGAAAGGAAUGUUCGAAAGAAAAGGGAUGAAAACGAUGUUCGAGAUGUUGAUGUUGCCGGUAUUGGAGAUGUUGAUGUUGGAGAUGUUGGGGAUAUUGGAGACGUUGGGGAUAUUGGAGAGGUUGGAGAUGUUGAUGUUGGAUUUGGGGGUAUUAGUGACGUUGGAAAUGUUGAGGAUAUUGGGGAUGUUGGGGAUAGUGGAGGAAAUGUUGAGGAUAUUGGAGAUGUUGGAAAUAUUGGAGAUAUUGGGGAUGUUGAUGUUACACAGCUUCCCUCUGAUCCUGGAUUGAGAGUUCCAAUACAAAAUUAUGAUAUUAAUAUUCGAGAUGUGAUUCGAAGAGCAUAUAUGCAAAGAGGUCAUUGUCAGCCUCGUAAUCAUAUAUUUCCACCCACAAGAAUAGGUAAAAUAGACCGACGAUUUUGUGUUUCGUGGUAUAAUGAGCAUCCCACUUGGUUGGAAUACAGUAUAGCAAAUAAUGCAGUUUUUUGCUUUUAUUGUUAUCUUUUCGGUUUGAAUGGUGGUUCAUUUGUUAAAGGGAUAGCAUUUCGUGGACAUGAUGAAUCUGAAGAUUCAAACAAUCAAGGAAACAUUCUUGAACUAUUGCAUUGGUUGUGUGAUCAUAAUCCUGAGAUUAAGGCCGUUGCUUUGACAAAUGCACCUGAGAAUUUGAAAUUAACAUCACCAAGAGUGCAAAAAGAUAUUGUAAGUGCUAUUGCGUCUGAAUGUCUACAUGUGAUUAUUAAAAAUGUUCGUGAUAGUUUCUUCUCAAUUUUAGUUGAUGAAUCUCGAGACAUUUCUGUGAAAGAGCAAAUUUUAAGCAUAUCUAAUUUGAGAGGCCAGGGAUAUGAUGGAGCUAGUAACAUGCGAGCUGUGGCACAGAAACAUCCGAAGAUUGAAACUUUCUUCACUACAGUACAUAGAUUAGUGAAUAUUGUUGGAGGAUCAGCUAAACGGAGUGAUCUUAUUCGAGAGAACCAAAGAUUGAAAAUUCUUAAAUCACUCAGUGUUGGUGAAAUAUCAAGGGGACGGGGUCUCAAUCAAGAAAUUACUCUUCAGCGUCCUGUCGACGUCAUUGAGAUGAUUGCUACUGAUACUACAAGUACCGGAACAAGAGGGAUUUCAAACGAAUUGUCAGGAGCAUUACAAAGAAAAGAUCAAGAUAUUGUCAAUGCUAUGAAAUUGGUGCAAAUAUGUAAAACACAGCUCCAAACCAUGAGAGAUGAUGGAUGUGAUUCUUUUUUGGGAGUGAUUUGUUCAUUUUGUGAAACUCACAAGAUCAAUGUUCUCGAUAUGGAUGAUGUGUUCGUAACUGUAGGUCGUUCACGGCGUGAGAUAGUGACAAAUUUGCAUCAUUUUCGUGUGGAAAUAUUUUAUGCCGUCAUUGAUAUGCAAUUUCAAGAGUUAAAUGAUCGUUUUUCUGAAGUAAAUAGUGACUUGCUUAUUUGUGUUGCAUGUUUAUCUCCAAGUAAUUCAUUUACUGCUUUUGACAAGAUCAAAUUGAUUCGACUAUGUCAGUAUUAUCCGGUAGAUUUUGAUGCAGCAAAUAUCCUAGAACUUGAUGAUCAACUAGAUACGUAUAUUCUUGAUAUGCGCACUUCUGAAGACUUUGAAGAAUUACAAGGUAUUAACGAUCUUGCACGGAAGUUGGUUGUGAAGAAUAAACAUGAAGUGUAUCCAUUAUUCUACAAACUUGUGACAAUAACCUUAGUUCUUCCCGUGGCUACUGCUACAGUCGAGAGAGCAUUUUCUGCGAUGACUUACGUCAAAAAUAUCUGCGCAAUCGAAUCGGAGAUCAAUGAUUGA